AUGAGGAUAAAAUCUGAGAAAAUUCAAAGUGAUUCAGUGCCAAAUAUUGGCGACAUUGUGAUCAUUAAGGACGAACUUCCUAGAUGUUGUUGGAGAAUGGCACGAAUUGUAGAUAUUCAAAGGAUCAAAGACAACAAAGUGCGCUCUGCCGAAGUUCAGCUUGCAACAGGCCGUGUGCUAAGACGUCCUUUGAGCUUACUAUUUCCUCUUGAAAUAAUGGAAAAUGACAGUACGACGCCAAAUAAUUUAAGUAACAGUGAUACUGACAUUCUUAAUAAAAUGCCUGUCGCGGGAGGCUGCCAUAAAGGCAAGACAAACGAUACAGAACCAAUGCGAGUGUUUGGAGCAAUGCAGUAA